AUGACCUUGUCGCCUCUCUGUGCAGAUGGAAGCAGGUCCUUUGUCUCCAGGACGGGGAAGACCAGUGACCUGACCAAAAUCAAGGGCUGGAGGGAAAAGUUCAUAAGGACCAGAGAGUCCUCUCAGAACCACAACCCCAACCGCUCUGCCUUCUGCAGCGACAUGCUCAACCAAUACCUGGAGAGCCAGGCCCAGCGAAUCAGGGCCUACGCCGCCGCUUUCUCCCACAACCCCCUGGGCUCCGUGGCUUAUCAGCUACCUGUGACCAGCACCAGCUACGUGCGGACCCUCGACAGCGUUCUGAAGACGCGGGCCCUUCCGCCUCAGCCACCGGCCUUCUGUAGACCCUGCCCCCUCUCCCGGAAACCUCUCCUGUACGCUGCUCUAAAGGAGCCCCCUCCACCUAUCAACGACCACAUGACCCCUCCUAAAGCAGCCAAGCCCAAACCAAAACAUGCCCCACCACAAGGCAAACAGCACCAUAUAACACCAGCACAAGGCAAACAGCACCAUAUAACACCAGCACAAGGCAAACAGCACCAUAUAACACCAGCACAAGGCAAACAGCACCAUAUAACACCAGCACAGGGCAAAGGCAGAUCUGCCUCUCUACUACGGCCCAUUCAGGUCUCCAACAGUAACAAAACUACUGCUGCUAAAGCUAUAGCUGAGGUUAAAGUCACCAGCCCUACUGCACAAAGGUCUCCUCCAGAUAAGGGGGCAGUGAGGAGGGACACCAGCCCAGGAGGAAGCCUCUCCAGCGGGUUGAGUGGCCUCUCUAAGAACCAGCUCAGACUGGUUGGCCUCUCUAAGAUCCAGCUGAAAAUGAUGGAGAUGGAGGAUGCCACCUUCUACCAGGGACACGACAGAACACACAUCACUACUGAGAGGGUGGAGACGGCCCUGAGGGCCCUGCUCACUGCACAGGGUCUUCCUAAGAGCAGUGCCCCCAAGUCCAGCCAAGUGGACGGUCCAGAGUGUGGUUCUGAGUUCUGCAGGCUGGGGUGUGUGUGUUCCAGCCUGGCCCGGGUGUCCAGGGGUCCACUCCACUGCUACAGGCCAGACUGUAUGUUGGGCUGCUCCUGCUUCAAACGCAAGAUCACCAAACAGACCACAGCAGCAGAGAAUGACCAGAACCAGAUGCUUCCCGUUUACACUAUGUCUAACGUGGACCAUGAGAUCCAGCCCAAUCGAGGCAUCCGCGUCUCUACCCUGUGGGACCUCACCUCGGGGGUGGACCCCGAACCCCUCUUCAUCCCCAUAACUGCCCCCAACAUACCCAUCAAGCUUCUAACCAGGAUCUACCACCUUGUUCCCAAGCGUUACAUCCCUCAUCUCACCCCUGAGCUACGAGAGGAGGACAAGGACCCAGUAUACAAGUACUAUGAGAGUAUGAUGACGUGCGCCGGCAUCAGAGAGUUCAACAGCAAACCCUGUCCCCAGGUGCUGCCACCACAGGUGCACCUAUUCAACGACAGUAACAGUUUCAUCAUCCCCAGCAGCGGAAAGAAAAAGAUCACUGCCAUCCUCUCACCUCCAACUAAACCAGUUGUACCAGGAAAGAGUCCUCCCACCCAGGCCAAGAAGCCUAAAGGUUCUGAGCCCACCAGGCAGCUGGAGAUCCAGUCAGAGUGUAACUGGGACCAGCAUCGAAAACGGGUCCUGGGGGUUCUGUGUCAACGCAUGACCCAGAACAGUCUGUCCGAACCCUUCAACAUCGGCCGCUACCACGUCCGCCUCCUCUCCAACACACACACAUGCAAGGCCGAGGGCACCAUCAUCAUAUUCAAGGUGUGCAUCAGUAAGGCUGAAGACGACUAUACCGAUGAUAUUGACGAAUCCGAUAGUGAAGUCACAGAUGACAGGGAUGAGGAGGAGGAAGGGGGCAUCCCUAAGCCAGAGCCUGAGGAGCCGGAGAUGCAAGUCGGCGUGACACCUUUCCUGACUGGAGUGGUGCCAGCAGGCAGACUGAGAGCCAAGAAGAAACAACCAGCCUGCCCUGCUGUAGGACUCAUCCAGGUGAACGGUAAACCCUACUCCCAGGCCCGGCUGCUGCUGGGGCAGAUGGGAGCUCUGCACCCGACCAAUCGACUGGCUGCGUUCGUCACCGGCAGGUUGCGCUCUGUAGCGAAGGCCCCUCAAAAGCCCCUCUCCUGCUUACCCAGGUUGAAGAAAACACCUGUGGGUGCUGGGUGCUUAAAGACAGCAGGCACUGCUGUUACUCCUUUAGGCAGUAGUAGUGUUAAAUCUAUGGCUAUGGCCCAGAAAGUAUUCCAGACACCAGCAGGGAAGAACAAGCUUCCUCCCUACAGACCACCAUGGUCCCUAGGUGUCACCUCCACUAGUCAAACCACCACCACCACAGACCCUAAAGACCCAGCCGUCGCUCACCUGCUUCUGAUCCCCAUGGCACCUCUUCCUGCCCCAGGCACCUCCCCUGGCUCUCAUCCUGGUGUGGUGCCCCCUGCAGGGAGGAAGAUGCUACAACAGACAGUCGCUUCCUCCCAGGGCUGUAAAACGUAUCAUCAGACCAACGGACAGCUGAUCAAACCGGUACCUCUGAAUCAGAUGCGUCACAUAAAGGCCAAGAAUCAAGAAAAGACUCCUGAUUCUGCUAUCAAGCUGUCUACCCCCAAAACACUCCCACCUCCUCCCCCUCCUCUCACCUCCAUCCACCCCCCUCGCAGCCCCCCUCCCCACGCCCCCCUCAUCAAAUUCAUCACAGGCCAGUCAUGUGCCAUCACCCCAUCCCAGACCUCAUCUUCUUCUUCCCCCGUCUCACUCACCAUCUCCUCCUCCCUGAAGACCCCCAGCUUCCUGGGCCAGAUUGAGACCUACUCCUUCAGGAUCUGUCCACCUCCUGCAGGGGACCAGGGCUCAAGGGGCCCAGGCCAGGGCACCAUGGAAGGCCCAGCCGGAGUGGCCCUGCCUGGGGGCUUCACCCUCAUCCAGCUCCCUAAACCUGGAGGUACUGGUGGUGCUCCCCGGCUACCCAAACUAAUCAGAACCACAGCCGUUGGUGAAGCGGUAGCAGCCAGAACUUCACAGCAAGGAGGGCCUCAUCUGGAGACCAAAUCUUCCUCUGGACCUGCAAGGGGAAAGGCCCAGAAGAACCAGAAAGGAACCUCUUCUUCUUCUCCCUCACCUCUAACCUUGAUACCAGUUAAAACAGAGACUGUGCAAUCUGAAAAGCACUCCUACACCCCAGAGUUAAAUACCAAUACACCUGACUCCAGAUUAUCUCUAGCCCAGAAGAAACAGAGUCUGACUCUAAAAUCUGACCUUAGAUCAGCCAAAGUCAACUACUCUAGUCCCACGGAGCCCAAUGAGCUGACCUGUGAGAGGGGGGAGGUGGGGGAGGGCUCGCGACUGUGGAGCCCAGAAUCAUGUCAGAAAGACUCAAAGUUCAGUAAGUUUACGACUCUGAGAAUGCAUGAGAACGGGCAUCCUGAUUUGAAUGUCGAGGACUGUGAAUCGGACGACUCGUCGGAUAACUCGGAUUCCGACAGUGAUGAAUAUGCCGAGGAAGACGAGGAGGAAGCUGUUGACAUCGAGACGGUGGAGGAGAGGAGACAGGGAAUCACCAUCACUCAGAUGAGGGCCGCUGUCAAACACACACAACAAAACAGUCAGGAUGGUGAAACGGCGCCAAAGGGAAAGCAUCAGAGGGAAAAGAGAGAGGAGGAGGGGUCUGGGUCUGGCGAGGGAGGGGGUCGUAAGAACCGUAACCUGACGGAGAGGUUGCGUCGCGGCGAGCACCAGAAACUCUUCACCAGACUCAAACAGGUGCUGUUCAUGGAAAAACUGGACCCCAAGGUCUCGAACCUUGACCUCCUUUCACAAGCUCUGAAGGAGAUUCAUACCCUGUCAGUGGACUCUAAGUCUCUGGAGGAGAAGAAGAGGAUGCUGACUGAGAUCCAGUCUGUCUAUGUCAAUGAGAUUGCAUACAUGUCUGGGAAGCCAGAGGAGCUGAUCAAGGCCAAGCUGAAGGAGAUCUGGGAGAAGAAGAGAGCUCUGGCUGCCCAGAGAAGAGCAGAUGUGCUCUCCUCCUCCUCUACCUCCCAGCUCUCCUCCACCACCUCCACUCAUAGUCCCAACACCCUGACAGUGUCCCAGUUGUCUCGGGCUAGCUCUCUGGGUCAGGCAAGGGCAGCUAGGGGCUCUGUGAAACCAGUGGCUGCUGUUCUACGCACCAAAAGUGGCAAGAUCAUACUUCCUGCUUCCAAACCAGCAGGAGGAGCGCUCUACACAGUGACGGUUAUGAAGAGACCAUCAACAGUCACCUCCCUCUCCACCCCCACCACCACCACCUGCUCAGCAGCCAAGGAGGUUGUGGAGAAGGAGAGAGCUGUGGAAAAGGAGUCUACACCCCAGACUAUCCACCCCUCUCAGCCCCUCUCGCAGACCCCUAGCCCACAGUGCUCUGUGUCUGCCACUGACCCUGAGAAGAAGGACCAGGGUAGAUUAUCUGGGGAGGCUGACCAGCCCUCAGACAGCCCAGCAGAGGAGAGGCCAGAGGUAGGUAAGGAGGAACCACAGGCCCCUGUCUGUAAUGGAUCCAUGGAAGAAGAACCUUCCACAGAGAAGGACAACAUAUCAACUCCUAAAGAGAAGAAGUCCCUAAUCAAUAAAAACUUGAUCAAUAGGCUUUCUGUUAUGAAGUGUCCCCUUGUGGAGAGCGCUCCCCUAAACAGUGCCAUCUGGGGGCCGUUGGAGAAACCGCAGGUGGUGGGAGAGAGUGAUCCAGGAGGCUGGGGCCUGUCUCUGACCAAGGGAGAGGCAGCCGUACUGGUGACGGCUCUCUCUGAACACGAGGGCAUAGUAUCGGGGCGGAAGUGAAAGGAUAGUGUGGUCACACCGAAGCACAAGGAUAACAUGGUCCAACACAAUGGAAAGAAGAACUCUGUGACACCGAAGGGCAAGAGUAGCUCAGUCACACAGAAAAGAAAGGAUAGCUCAGAACUACAAAAAGAACAGGAUAGCACAGUGUCUCAGAAAGAAACUAAUAGCUUGGUCCCACCAAAGGAAAAUUAUAGCUCGAUCACUAAGAAAGCAGAGGACGGCUUGGUGACAUCAAAGGAAAAUGAUUGCUGGGUGACACAGAAGGGAGAGGGAGGCUCGGCAGACGGCUUGGAGGCUCCACCUGUGAAGAGAAAACGAGGACGGCCGCGCUUGGACAUUAAAUCACCACCAACUGAACAUAUCACUACUACCCCUGUGGCAACGCCUGGGGGGAGCUCGGCCAACGUUACACAAGCCACGGGUAGUACCCUUACCCCAGUGUCUCCACCUGGGGGUAUUCUUGUGACUAACACUAGGGAUGGUGAAAAUCAACUGACCCCAAGGGUACUUAGCCCUACGAGGCGGGGUAGGACUGCUAAAGUACGACGGGUUGGGGAUAAUACUAGCCCUGUGGUGACGACUGGGCCUGGAGGUAGCUCGGCUGAAGUGACUCCAGCUGGGGGUAGCCCUGUGAAGAGAGCUGCCAGUAGCCCUGCAACUCGGGGUAGGCCUCCUAAAGUACAGAAAGCUGGAGAUGGCCCUAGCCCGGCCCCUGUAACUCGGGCUGGGUUAAGCCCUGUGGUGAAGACUGAGGGCAGCGCAGCCAAAUCACCACGAGGAGAUCGCCCGGCCAGGGCAACCCGAGCUGGGGUUAAUAGCUCUGUUGCAACGACUAAAGGAAGCCCGGGUAAAACACCACAGGCUGUGGGUCGGACUGGAACACGGCCUGUGACCCGCGCUGUAGCAGUGAAGGGCUCUGUCAGUGGGAAGAGGACAAUGAGGUCUGACAAGGCCUAGUGGAGCUGAGACUAAGGCUGCAUUUCCACAAUGUCUCCAUUGGUGCAUCUCGAUACAGUGUAGCUCAGUUGGUAGGGACCAGUAUGAAAAUGUAUGCAUUCACUACUGUAAGUCGCUCUGGAUAAGAGUGUCUGCUAAAUGACUCAAAUGUAAAUGUACAAAUGUACAGUAGUUGUCUACCUCGUUUCCUCUCCCUUCGCUCCAAUGAUGCAUUUCAGCCUAGCUCCAACCAGAGGAACUAGAGAGUCAUGCUCCUCACGUCAACAGAUGUCAUUAAAGGCUGCACUCUUCCUUAGAUGUUAGAGGUCCAGAAAUCCCAUUGAGCCUGCCACAUGUGCCUGUUCACAAAUCCAAAGGACCCUGGACAGUUAUGUCUGUGUGAGGUAACCCUAUCUCAGCUUUAGUACUCGCCUGCCUGCCUGCCUGCCUGCGUACUCGUGAACACACAAAGCAGACAAUAAUUUACACCUACAGGACAGUCAGUUUUCAGAACAUCUGUAGUCAUUGAGCGAAACAUUAAAUGAAUUAACUGUAUGAAUGUAGUGAAGGUUUAGCUGCUGUUUUGAGUAGUUGUACAUAGAACGUUAGCCCCAUAUUGGGGUGAAUGUGGCAUGUCAUACUUUUUUGAUGAAGUCAAUAUUGUUAUUAUGUUCUAAAAAGUUGAUUUACUUAUGUUAUUUAAUAAUCAAACCCCUGUGAUUUUUUUAAGAUAAAGGGAAGGUCUGUAUUUUUUUCGCUUAAGUAACAUGAUGGGUUCAUGACUUCACUCCCCAUGUUUUGUUAAUGUAUGGGUGUGUGUUGUCUUCGAUUAAAUCUACAAAAAUAAUGGACAUGCAUGACCACAAAACAGAUCAAUUACUUUCUGGUCCAUUUUGAAGUUACCAAUAGGCCCUAAUCUUUGCAGCUGAAAAUCAUUGAUUUCAGAUAACAUUCAUGUGUUUGUUCAUGUCAAAAACACUGUCAAUGUUAUUUCUAUGCCACUGUAAAGACUAGCUAUAUGCGAUUGGUGCGUCCAGUCCUUUUUAAAUACUCUUCAUUUCAUUACCAGGCUUUUGGAUUUUUUUUUCUUUAAGUCUUUGGCAAAUACAAUUCAUACAAUUCUUUCUACUAUUUCUACACAGUUACAACAAUGUUGAAUAUUUUCAUUUGCCUUAUGAGUUGCUUCCCCGUCUGUUUUCCAAUGGUACUCCUUGUUCAAUGAUUCUUAUGUCUGAUUUUUGAGGAACUUAUGCAUAACAUUUAAACAUUUAUUUCAUUUGUAGUCAAAAGACAUUUGUUUCAAUCUUGUGUGUCACAAACAAUCAUUAUCUAAGCCUACUGUGGUGUGUGUGUAUAUAUUUCCAAAUAAUAAUGUUUGUAAAUGUUCAUGUCUGACUUGAGUGUUGAAUAAUGCUCCUCAAUGCAUUUUUUUGUAAAGAAAUGACUGCUAUGUCAGUCACUGAGAUGUGCUGGCAAGAUACUGUGGCCUUAAAUGGAUUAAACUGUAUACAUUUA